AUGUCCACCCAUAUCCAGAGCUUGGGCGGCGCCAUUUCGAUCCAAGAAGCGGCCAUGCUGGCGUUCAGUUCGCUGGCCCUGCAGUUUGGCUACCGCAUUCCCCACGACCCGGGCUUUGUGCUGUCGACAACGUCGUUGAGACUGCGAUACUUUGACGAGUUUAUCAUGGCUCUGGGCCUAACUUGGACCAUUCACUUGGGCAUGGAGUUGGGGUCUGUGGCCAUUCGAAUGCAGUACCGAAACCGGUGGUUCCUCGCUCUCAACACCCAGGUCAAGGCCGCUUUGACCGUUGUCGUGUACGUUCUGCUAGUGGUGACCCGAAAUACCACCAGCUACAAUGCCGCCAUCGGCAGUUUGAUUGGCAUUUGGCUGUUUGCCCUCGCGUCUGGGUUUGGUUCCGUCGCUGUGAGUAAGUGGUUUGAUCGCCCUCCCUCCACGCCAGCUUACCCCCAGAGCUUUUCCAAAGACGACGUGUCGGUGGAGUUUUCCAAAGCCAACAUCCCCCGCAACCGAGUGGGGUACCUCAGUCAACAAUACGGCCGGUGGUCGUUGUUGGGAAUAGUCCUCGAAGGCUGGCGGGGAGUGCCUACGGGCCCCAAGUCGUUUUUGAUGGCCUGUCACAGUGUGUUGGUCCAUUUGUCCGCUGGGGGGACUGUGGUGCCCUUGAUUUGCAAGGAUAUCACCCCAGACUCGUUUAACAAACUGGUGCUAGCGACAGUGUGCAUGAAGAAGCGACCUGGAUCGAUUGCGCCUACGAUGUCAGCCGCACGUCAAAGCGAGCAAGAUAUACUGGCACUAGAGGACACGUUUUUGAAGUAG